GCUCAAAUCGGCGUGAGUUCUUUCUUGGGUGUUCUUCCUUUUUUUUUUUUUUUUGGGGGAAAGGAAGAAAAUGGAGAGGACAAAGCUAUCGUUGGAUAGAUGCUCAAGAACACUCAGACUUCACUUGCAGAAGAACAAGAACGCAAUCGCCAGUUGACAAAGCCUAUAACUGCUGAAAAGAUGGAAACAAGAAAAGCAGAGCUUGAGAUUAACCUUGCAACUAAUCUCAAGAGGCAGAAGCAAGAGUAUGAGGCUAUUAUAUCCUCAUCAGAGACUGAUUUGCAUGAAAAUGAAGCGGAAUCAAAGUGGCAGGAGCUAAAAGAUACUAAAUCAUUGGUCAUUGAUGCAACCCAGCGAUUAGAAGGAAUUAAUAGAAGUACAGAGGAAACAAAUAAGCAAAUCAAAAAGAUCAAAGAUGAGAUGGCAAAGUUGAAGGCUUUGGAGGACACCUAUGAGAAAACACUUCAGGAUGAAACUAAAGAACUUGAACAACUCUUUAGCCGGAGGAGUACUCUUAUAGCUAAAAAGAUGAGUACUAAAAAAAGAUAAGGAACUUGGGCCCGUUAUCUUCUGAUGCUUUUGAGACGUAUGUUCCCUUGUCUAACUGUGAAAAUGUUUUGACUUUGAAAAUGCUUUUGAGGCGUAUGUUCCCUUUGCUACUGAAUUUUAAUUUGGUUUCCACUAUUGAAGCUCAUCAUACCUCAUUUUAUAUGUUUGAGAUUAUAGGUAUAGACGGAGGAGCAUCAAAGAGUUGCAGAAGAUGCUUCACAGAUGCAACGAGCAGCUCCGAUAGUUUAGUCAUGUAAACAAGAAAGCACUUGAUCAAUACAUGAACUUCACAGAGCAAAGGAAGUGAGCAUCUCACAUGGACCGUGUCUUUAGUUUUGUUCAGUAUUUAUAUGAUGGAGAUUGUCGCUAAAAGCCGGAUAUUCUUUUUUGAUUCAUUUCUGUCGUCAUUGUUUAUUGUGCAAGAUUAUUUAUUAUGCAAGAUUAUUUAUUCUCUCA